AUGCAGCGGCCUUUAGCUGCCCUUGUUCUGCUCAUAUCUCUCCUCCUCUCCUCCGCAACCGCCGCCGCUGUGGUCGAUAAGCAACAACAGCUAAAUACAGUCGAGGACGCCCUAUCAGAGCCGAAGGCUGAAACGCCAAAAGCAGAUGGAGCACAGGCCGGUGCAACGAACAGCGAGGCUGUCUCAAGCACGAGUACAAAAUUCAAUGGCAUGGAGGUGCCGCCAAUGAAAGAGCUGACAGGGGAAAAUGCGGAAUCGGACAUAAAGAACGGUUACUGGUUUAUAAAGCACUAUUCGCCAUAUUGUGGUCAUUGCAAAGAUAUAGCGCCGACCUGGCAGACCCUCUAUGAGUUCUACUACACGUCCAAACCCGUGCCUGGGAAGAAAAGCGAUAAAGAUUCAAUGAACUCCUUCACACGAUACUACGACUUUCAUUUCGCUUCUCUCGACUGUAUAGCUUAUGGCGAUGCUUGUGCAGCUCACGAGGUCAACGCAUUUCCUACUUUCUCCGUGUACAAAGACGGCGCGCUUCUGAAGAAGUUUGACGAACAUAAGGAUAUGGAGAAGCUGAGCAGCUUUGUGGAAGGGAUGUUGGAGACGAUACGGCCUGGUUCGCGACCGAAGGAUGGAGUCAAGGUGCCUGAGCCAGGUGCAACAUCCAGCGAAGGGCAAAAGCUGGAGACAGCCGCAAAGCCAGAGAAGUCUUCGGAAAAGCCUACAGACAAAGCUACAGAAAAAGACUCGGAAAAAGCAAAGACCAAAGAGGUAGAUACCGCAGAGGCGUCAGCACCUACCGAGACACAGAAAGCACCAUCCAAGGUCAAAGGCCUACCUAAGAAGAAAAAGCCAUCUGGUCCCGCAAACCCAGUCGGUACGUCAAUAGCGCUGACGCAGGAGAGCUUUCAGAAGCUAGUCACAAACACCCAGGACCCUUGGUUCGUCAAGUUCUACGCGCCCUGGUGCCACCAUUGCCAAGCACUGGCGCCUUCAUGGCUGCAGAUGGCGAAGGAACUACAGGGUAAACUGAACGUGGGAGAGGUGAAUUGCGACCAAGAAGUCAGAUUAUGUAAGGAUGUACGUGUAAAGGCUUACCCUACCAUCCACUUUUUCCGCGGCGGUGAAAGGGUUGAGUAUGAUGGCCUACGAGGGUUAGGCGACCUGGUCAGCUACGCUAAAAAAGCGCUAGACGUCGGAGCUGGAGUGCAGAACGUGGAUGAAGCGGCAUUUAAGAAAAUGGAAGAAACCGAAGAGGUCAUCUUCGUCUAUUUCUAUGAUCAUGCCACGUCCACCGAAGACUUUGAAGCCCUGGAAAGGCUUACACUCAGCCUCGUUGGCCAUGCGAAAUUAGUGAAGACGAAUGACUCGGCCUUGUCGGAGCGCUUUAAGAUCUCUACUUGGCCUAGGUUACUUGUAUCACGAGAUGGGAGGGCGAAAGUGUACGAGGCACUUGCGCCAAGGGAUAUGCGGGACUUCCGACAAGUGCUUAGUUGGAUGCAAAAGGUUUGGCUACCGAUAGUGCCGGAGCUGACGGCAAGCAACUCACGCGAUAUUAUGCGGGGCAAGUAUGUAGUCCUUGGAAUACUAUCCCGAGAAAAGGCUGGCGACUUCGAGCUCAACAAGAGAGAAAUGAAGAAUGCUGCUUUAGAGUGGAUGGAGAAACAAACGCAUGCGUUUGAGCUGGAGCGACAGGAGCUGAGGGAUGCCAAGCAGCUCAGAUUGGAGGAGGCUGAAGACCGAAAUGAUGAGCAUGCGAAGCGAAAGGCGAAAGGCAUUCAUAUAGACUUGAGGGAGGACGAUCAAAAGCAAGUAGGAUUUGCUUGGGUGGACGGUAUCUUCUGGGAGCGAUGGAUCCGGACGACGUAUGGGUUUAAUGUGAAGGAUGGUGAGAGAGUGAUUAUUAACGAUGAAGAUGUAGGUUUUCUUUGUCUUUUGUGUGAUGCCUCAUUGACAAGCUUUUUGCAGAAUCGACGAUUUUGGGAUACGACCAUUUCAGGUGCUCCCAUCACACCUUCACGCACAUCCAUUCUUGAGACCUUACCCAAGGUCAUAUCCUCGCCGCCCAAAAUAUCAAGCAAGUCAAGUACGGGCAUGGUGCAAAGACUCUUCUUCGGCCUCUCCGGGCUGCUGACGGGACAUCCGUACUUGAGUGCGAUCUUGCUUACUGCAGCAGCCGUAGUCGGGUGGACGCAAUUUGGAAACAACAAGCGAGGACGGAGGAGAGGGAUAAGUCUUGGAGGAGGUUUGCCAGGUGGGCUGGGCAGCGGAUUCCUAGGCGUUGAUGAGAAAGAGAGGACGUUGGCUAAUGGGAAAGGUGAUUGA